AUGGCCGCUGUCGACAGCGAUAGAGGCGGCGAGGGCGGGCGCAGCAGCAGCAGCAGCAGCAGCAGCAGCAGCAGCAGCAGCAGCAGCAGCAGCAGCAGCAGCAGCAGCCGCACCUGCGGCGAGCACCCUAUCACGCCGCAUGCAUGCACGGGGGCCGACACGGACCCGCCUCCCGCCGCCGGCCCUGCCACCAGCAUCAGCCACCCGCACUUACUGGCGGCCAUCUUUGAGCGCCUGCCGCCCGGCGAGCAGUGCGUCACAAUCGGCGCUCUCGACCACGCCUGGCGGCGGUGGGCGGCCCCCAAGCGCGCCGCACUGCGGGCCGCGCGGCCCUCUGAGUGCUGGGUUGACUACCGUUUUGAGCUGUUUGGGAUGUUUGCGCUGCCGCUGUGGUAUGUGAUGGAUCGGUGGCCGCUGCUGACAGAGGAGCAGCGGUAUGGGGCGGCCCUCCGCGCCGCAGUUCACGGCGACGUCGAAACCCUGCGCUUCGCGCGCCACGCCGGCUGCCGUUUAGACAAGUCCGUGUGCAACGCGGCCGCGAGCGGCGGCCACUUGGCCGCUCUGCAGUGGGCGCACGGCGCCGGUUGCUCGUUGACCUCUUGGACGUGCGCUUCAGCCGCAGCCGGCGGACACUUGCAGCUGCUGCGGUGGCUGCACGGCGCCGGCUGCCCCUGGGACGAGUGGACAUGUGAGGCGGCUGCACAGGGCGGGCACUUGGAGCUGCUGCGUUGGGCGCGCGGCGCCGGCUGUCCCUGGGACGAGAACACGUGCGACGCGGCGGCGGGCGCAGGCCAGCUGGCGGUGCUGCAGUGGGCUCAUGCAGCCGGCUGCCCGUGGCGCGCGAGGACGUGCGAGGCGGCCGCGCAGGGCGAACACUUGGAGCUGCUGCGCUGGGCUCGGGGCGCCGGCUGCCCCUGGGACCAGCACACGUGCCAGGCCGCGGCACGCAGGGGGGCCCUGGACGUGCUGCAGUGGGCGCGCGACGCCGGCUGCCCCUGGGGCACGGAGGUGUGCGUGUCUGCCUCCUUCUUUGGACACCUCCACAUUCUGACGUGGGCGCGCGGCGAGGGCUGCCCCUGGGACGAGCGUACGUGCGAGACCGCGGCGCGCCGUGGACACCUCCACGUGCUGCGCUGGGCGCGCGACGCGGGCUGCCCUUGGAACCGCCAGAUGUGCCGCAAGCUGGCGCAGACGUCGAGGCGCGCCGCCGUGGUCGAGUGGAUCGAUGGCCAGCCAGAGUAG